GACUUCUAUCUGGACUGAGCAGCAAUAUGUUGUGAUACUCAUCCAUUCAUGUCUGCUAACAUGCCGACGGUGUUGCUGUACCUGGAGUCGUUUACACAGGAUUACCAGGGAUAAUCCAGUUACAGUAUUUAGAACCAUCUGUCUGUUCUCUCUUAUCACAGCGAGGUAGCCGUCGACAGUCUCUUGAGCGGAAUUCAUCCAGAAACGGGACUGUUUUGGGGCGUAAAACGCUUGUUUUCGUCCACCGGCGGACGUUGUUAGCUACACCGGGCGCGAGCACGUCACUGGCUUCAAAAUGCGCGCCACCGAACCUAUGGUGCUUUCAUCGCCGUAGUAAAAUUUGGACUCUAAACAAAGUUUGGCGCGACUGAAACUGAGUUACCACGCGAAAAUGCGGAUGAUUCAUUCAGAAAAAAAACAGGGGGGAUGAUGACCAGCAGACUGGAAGAGAUUGAUGUUUACAGACCCCAAAAUUGACUGAAUUGACGGAAUGUUUUGAAACACCAGCUUUAUUUUUUAUUCCCAAUACUGUCAUUGUUGCGCCAGCCACAGUAUUUUUUUUGUUUUUCAUCCGCCAAAGAAACAACCUCCAGCCCCAGAUGAUGAGGACGGACAGUAAAGGUCGGAGUGGUUCUCCUCACAGGAUAACUUACAACUCCGACUUCCAUGCCAUCAAAUGCUCAUUCGACAUGGCUCCACAACCAGCAGCCAAACCAGGUUCUACACAGCAGAAAACAAGCCUGUCAGACCCCGUGGCGUCUGUUACCAGCAGCUCAGCCCACAGGGGAAGGGUCCACAGCGCCAGAGGGACAAAGAUCCGUGACAACAUCUUUCUGCAAAUGGACAACCAGCAACUUGGACCGGAUGGGGGCCAAAGACCAAGUUCCGGCUCCUCACCCUCGUCCCAAACGUCGCCCUUUUCCACCUCAAAACGUUCUUGUAUAAGUUCCACCUCAGUUCUGAGCGCUGUGGCUAACAUCUGUGCUCAGGAGAAACCAGCCAGGUCAGAAGACAUCCGGGAUAUUGACAGGGCCGCUCUAGCGCAGAAGUUUUCUGUAACCAGGAAGUUGUUUGAGUCCAAGUUUUCCGAGGUUGCUGGACGAGGACUGGUUUGUAAAACUAGCAGGCAAAGCAAAGAAGAGGAAGGUGUUAAGCAGAUCAAGCAAGAUGAGGAGGGACUGGAUGAAGGAUCCAUAAACCCAUCUGCUGUAAAUAUAUUCUCCCUGAUGCCUCACACUAGUUGCUCUGAAUCACUGAUGUCAGAACCCCCAAGUGAGGCUCCACUCACCUUUCAAUCCUGCCAACAAGACGCAGAGCCUCAGCCUGAAAAUGAAGUUGAAGACGACAUAUGUUCUGAUGUUCUUGACCCCUGCUUGAGCACUGGACACACAGUCAGAGCAGAGCUAGUCACGGUUGAGAACGGCUCGUCGGAGAGUGAUGGAAAUGAAGAGGGAGAACCGCAAGAGCAAAGAUAUAUGGAGGUCAUCCAGCGCGUGCAAGACCUGGUGGAUGAUGUUUUUGAAGAUGGCAGUGACAGAGCAGCCGGGGGUGGAAGUGGCGCAGAGAGUGAGGUGCCAUCACCAGCAGCAGGGGUUGCACACUCUGAAGAAAGAGUGGAGAAGUUUCCAGCCUGCGAGCCAUGUAAAAACCAGGGCUGUGAUGAGGAAGAAGAAGGUGGAGACAAGUACAAACAGGUGAAUGAGCAGUGUGAAGGGGAGGAGCAGAACACGCCGUCUCAGUCCCCAGAAGAUGUAAAAACAAUGGGUGGAGAUGGAUCUCUAAAUCAAGAAGAUAGAGUUAUGCAAGUGGAGGAAAUAGUUUCGGGAGAAAAGCCUGUCUGCAUGGAAGCCAAGUCUGUGGACUGCUGUCUAGACGGCACAAAGGGGAAGGAUGAUCAAGCUGGCGACAUGAGUGAGAUGACAAAGGACGCCAGUAAGGAACUGAGCCGCCUCCCUCCUGGAAACCAUCUCACGUAUGAAGAAAUUCCUGGUCUCCCCAAAAUUGCUGAUCCGGAUGAUGGAAAGGCGAAGCGCAGACUGGUGUGGUUUUCCUCGGCCCCUAUCAAGGUGUUCAGCACCUACUCCAAUGCGGAGUACGACCGACACAAUGAGGAUAUAGACCCGGUGUCGGCCUCUGCGGAGUAUGAGCUGGAGAAGCGAGUGGACAGGAUGGAUGUGUUUCCAGUGGAGAUUGAGAAGGGAGAGGAGGGGUUAGGCAUCAGUAUCAUAGGAAUGGGAGUUGGCGCAGACCAGGGCCUGGAAAAAUUAGGAAUAUUUGUCAAGACAAUCACUGCAGGUGGAUCAACAGAGAAGGACGGCAGGAUUCAGGUCAAUGACCAGAUUGUGGAAGUGGAUGGAGUGAGCUUGGUCGGAGUGUCUCAACUCUUCGCAGCAACUGUGCUCAAAAACACAUCUGGACUUGUCAAGUUUUUGAUUGGUCGUGAGAAGGACGGGGUGGAGAGCGAGGUCGGACGUCUGAUCAACGAAAGCCUGGAAAUGGAAAAGACGUCCAAAGAGAAAGAAAGGUCGAGGAGACAGAAGGAACCUGGGGAAGAGUUGAUGGCUGAGGAAGAGGAGGAGGAGGAAGAUCUGUCAUCACUGGACAGAAAUCAGCUUUGUGUCCGGUACCAGCAGCUGUGGUCCAAGCUGAGAAGCCGAACCACCCAACUUCAGCAGACCAGGGAGAAGCUGAGGGUUUUGGAGGAACGUCAGUCCGGCUGGGAGAACGAGAAAGCUGAGCUGGAGCAACGGUUGGAAGAUGAAGAGGAGAAGUCUGAGAAGCUGGAGAAGUACUGGCAGGAGGCCCAGACGCUGUGCAGAGUGGUUAGCCAGCGACUGGCUGAUGCACAGAGUCAGUCCGAAAGCCUGGAGGUCAAGUACAGCAAGGCCAAGCGGCUGGUGAGGGAAUACCAGAGCAGAGAGGAGGAAUGGGAGAAGAAGGAGAAAGAUCUGAGGCGAGAACUGGAGGAGAAAGAUGUGAAACACCAGGAGGCGGUGAGGAAGCUGAAGAUGCAGCUGGAGGACAAACAGCCUGGAGGUCAAGUGAAGGAUCACUCCAAAGAAGAAGUUUCAGACUGGUACAUCCCUGUCCCUGACACACGGCGCCUGGACUCCAGUGCUCAGAUCGCGAGAGCACAGCUGGCCCAGAAGUCCAAGCGUCAUCCUCCAUCCAGAGAGAAACUGAGGGAGAGCUUCAGGAGACAGCAAGAGGAAGCUGAGAAAGCACAAGAGAAGCAGGCUGCUCCUGUCGUGCCGACAGGCAGCAAGAGUGAACGGUCCAGCACCUCCUCUUUCUCCACGCUCAGUCCGCACCUUCUCACCAACUCUUUCUCGACGCCUCCAAUCUUCAUCACCGAUGCCGUCCCUCCCUCCACAUGCAAGUCCUCCACAUCCAGAAAGUCCAAAAGGAAAUUCCCAGACUUCAGUGGGAUUCGCAAGUCUCUGAGCAAGAGGAGGAGUGAGAAACAUGGCAGAAGGUCCAUGAGCAGCAGGGGUUCCUGUGGGGAUCUGAUGGAUGAGCCGACCGGCAUUUCUCCCACCGCGUCGGUCACCUCCAUGCCUUCUUGCCUGCCCUUCCCCUGGUUCGGAGAGCGAGGACGGGAGAAGGAAGACAGCGAAGCAGGUCGGGAGCGGCUGCGCUCGGUGUCCAGCAGCAGUCUGCCGUACCUCACCACCACAGCCAGAAGAGAUCCUAGCACUGGUUCUCUAAAGGACAGUUCCAGCAUGGUGCGUCACCUCUCUGACCACUCCCUCUCGGGACACUCUUACACUUUCACCUUUUCCUCCACUGAGACCUUGGACGACGACCCUGCUCCCACCAAUAACAACCACCAGUGGCAAAGUCGGCCAGUCCUGGAGUGGAACGUCCAGCAGGUGUGUCUGUGGCUGUACGCCAUGAACAUGGAUCAGUACUCAGCGGAGUUUGCCACGCGAGGUGUGGAUGGAAGUCAGCUGCUCAACAUGGACAACGAUAAGCUCAAGGCUCUUGGGGUGAGCAGCCAACUCGACCGAUCUGCACUGAAGAAGAAGCUGAAGGAGCUGAGGAAAGGUGAGGAUAAGAGGGCGAAGGAGAAAAGACAGAAGGAAAAGAAGUUGAUCCUGGAGAAGGAGGAUGAAAGAAAGGAAAAGUUGAAGAGGACAGCUGAGAAUUUGGAGACUGGGACCAGGAGCAGUGUCAGAACUGCAAGGACAGAGUCUCUCCUGUAGAGGGCGUAAUGGACGAAGUGACGUGAAAGACCAUCUUCUUCGCUUUGCAAACUCGAAUUCUCAACUCCAGCAACUGUAUGCCAUAUGAAUCUUAAUUUAUUGUUUUUAAUAUGUGAUUAUGCACUGGGAUUUCCUGUAAAUACUUUUUUUAAACGUCAAUAAAUAUUUUUAAGCAGAAUGCUUCUUGUUUU